AUGACAUCCUCCCUCAAGAAUUCGAUACACAGAUGCAACCAUAAAGAGCGCUCCCAGCUCGCGCACAGGUCGAAGCUUGGUCUCCUCGAAAAGCAUGCUGACUAUGUCAAGCGUGCACGCGAUUACCAUUCCAAGCAGGACCGCCUGAACAGGCUCAGGCAAAAGGUCACCGAACGGAAUAAGGAUGAGUUCUACUUCUCAAUGACGAGGCAGAGGACAAAGGGAGGUGUACAUAUCCAAAGCAGAGGCAAUGUCGCCCUUCCAACAGAUAUAGUCAAAGUCCUUAAGACCCAGGAUGAAAAUUAUGUCCGAACCAUGCGAUCAUCUGGUCAAAAAAAAAUAGAUAAGAUCAAGCAACACCUCACUUCAACCGCGGACUUGCUGAAGUCCGAGUCCGCCGAUGUCGCCGACGAAGAUAUCGAGGAAGAACUAGAUGAGAAGGAAAGACAAAUCCUGCGAGAUGCAAAGAUUUUGCAGGAAACAAAAGCCAGUCGCGGAAAGAAGCGAAAACAUAUUAUCUUCGCCGAAAGUCCGGAUGAAGCAUCUCGUCUUUCGAGAAAGGGUAAAGAGAAGGAAACGGUGCAGAGUGUCUCAACACCAAAAGCAACGCUAACAGACGAAGACUUGGGCUGGAGAAGUGCAACACCGAAGAAGAAAAGGUCCCAGGCGAAAUCGGCUUCAAAACAGGAGAGUGAAGAUAAUGACGCCGAAGAGGACAAUAGCCGACAACCUGCCUUGAGCAACCGGAAACGACUGCUGAAGGAACUGUCUGCAAGGCUCGACCGAGAUCGCCAGCUACGCUACGCUAUCCGCGAAUUUGAAAUGCAGAGACUGCUUAUGGGCAAAGGGGCUCGGAAAAAGAUACAAGGUGUAGAAAAGGUGGAAGGAGAGGAAGACGACGAGGAAGACGAAGACGAAAUCGAUGCUCGGAAGGGCAAGAGGAAGUCAUCAUCUCGGACGGUAGACGAGGCUACAUACCGACCGCGGGUGUACAAAUGGCGGCUUGAGCGAAGACGGUGA